AAUCAUUUCAUCAAGCACAGGUGUUGGGACUAACUACUGCAUGGGGUGCAUUUAAUUAUUUACAGGAAGUGUGCCUCGAUCUUCUAUAGCUGCAAGUGCUGUGUCGUUAGAGAUAAUGGAAUUUAAAUGGUGUGAUCUUGAAACAAGGUGUAAUGGCUGACCUAUGGCCAGCAUGCCCUCCUCCUACUCCCCUGCAGGUUAGUGGCUACUGACCGACGGCCAACUGCAAGCACUGACGGGCAUGCUAUGACAGCGUCAUUACUUCUCCAUUCGCGCUGGAUUGACCCGGUCAUGUUCCUCUACGAUAACGGUUUGGAGGAGAUAAACAAAAACAUGGAGGGGUUCGCCGGAGGGAAUUUUGCUGCAAAUCAGUGCAGGAAUUUGCUGGCGCAUCCGACGUCCCUGGCUCCCACCACUACUUACACGUCGAGUGAGGUGCCAGUGUCAGGUAUGGGCGAAGCUGUCAAACAAUGCAGCCCCUGUUCCGCAGCUCAAAGUUCGUCCAACGCGUCCUUGCCUUAUGGAUAUUUUGGCAGCAGCUACUACCCGUGUAGGAUGUCACAUAGCAGCGUCAAGUCCUGCGCGCAGCCCUCCUCUGCAUAUGGGGACAAAUACAUGGACACGUCCGUAUCUGGAGAGGAGUUCCCAGGGUCCAGGGCGAAGGAAUUCGCUUUCUACCAAGGCUAUUCAUCCAGUCCUUACCACCAACCUGUCCCGAGCUAUCUGGACGUCCCGGUGGUACCCACCCUCAGCGGGCCUACCGAGGCCAGACAUGAACCUCUUCUACCGGUGGAGCCUUAUCAACCGUGGGCUAUAACCAACGGAUGGAAUGGUCAGGUUUAUUGCGCUAAGGACCAGCCACAGUCAAACCUAUGGAAAUCGUCUAUUCAAGACUCUGUAUCUGGGGGAGAUGGUAGCUCUAUUCGACGUGGAAGGAAGAAGCGCGUGCCAUACACCAAGGUACAGCUGAAAGAACUGGAGAGGGAGUAUGCUACCAAUAAAUUUAUCACAAAGGACAAACGACGAAGGAUAUCUGCUCAGUCAAACCUGACAGAGCGACAAGUGACUAUCUGGUUUCAGAACAGGCGAGUAAAAGAGAAGAAGGUCGUCAACAAAUUCAAGAGUCCAAGUUAGUUGUACACGGAACUAUUGACAAAAUGGUCAGACAAGAGACUUGAAGGUUGUUGUUCUAUGAACAUGAACUUUAUUAUAAUUUAUUACACUAUAUAAGCCGUCUCCUCUCCUGCCACGGGAUAAGGUUCUCUGCUUCUGGAGGCCCACUUUGGCUUUUUUCUCUCGUAAUUAAUUGAAAACAUUCGAUGUCCUGUGUUUGAAGGAAAGGGGAAAUGACUUCCCCCUUGCUGAUAUAUGUUGUGUCUUACUCUAGUCGACGGGCAUGGUCGUAAUUAUAAUCUUCUACAAUCUGUUCCCAAUACGAUGCAUAGCCUAACUCCUAGUCAUAAACUAAAUGAAAUCUCCACUCAGAAGAGUAAAGCCUCAUGAUGGAAACUGAUCAAGUAGAAAUGAAAUGGGAGAAUUUAAUUUCUACUUGAUCAGAGUAUAAUUAAUUAGGCUAGUUAGAAAUGGCCCAUAAUUUAAAGGGGGUGUUUGAUGUAUUUAAUCCAAUUGGAAUAUAUUUCCUUAAUUGGUGAAUGUUUAAAUUGAACUUACAGCGCAAAGGCACAAACCGCUACUAGUUGUGGAAUUUUGACAUGACAUAACACAAAAUGGUGUUGCUGUUCAUUUAUUGGUUUACAUUUGCAUUAUUCAACUUUUUAAUUCUGUUUGGGACACUUUUGUCCCCAGACUGAGAAUUCUCAUUUUAAAACAGUUCUGUUUCUCAUUUUAAACAGUUCAAGUAUCUUUA